AUGCAUUUUUUCAAAACCACCACUCAAGUUUUCACCUUGUUUGCCCUUAGCACCAUGGCCCUCCCUACACGGUGCAAUAUCGCCAUAACCCAAAACCCACGGGCUAUUGUAUCGCGAUCCGAUACCCCCCAAAAGAAUAACUUGGAUAAUUCAACUGGCCAAAACAAUAAUAAAAAGCACGCGAUUUGGAAAUGCAGCUGCCAGGCAGAGUUCCCAAACUCAGACGCUUACAAUAAGCAUUGGGACAGUGUCCAUGGCCCUAAGGGUAGCGACCCAAAAGUGCUUAAGCAGUGUGCUCUCGACCCUCAUCCCUAA